AAAAGAUAUUGUAUUAUUUAUUAUACAUAUUUCCUGAAAUAUAACUCACAUUUAAGCACGUUGAAUGAGUGUAAGGUGACUUGUUAGUCUCCACAAGAACGUUAUGUUAAUGCUUAAGGCACCGGACACACUCCACCCACGGGAGUGAGGUAAGGCAUCUGAACUCCUCCCGGGCGGGGAGUUACGGGGGAGUAUAAAUAUCGCGCAGACGGCGAGCGUGCGCAGUCACCGGCAGCCACGAUGACUGAAAGAAGGAUGUUGGUGUUUCUUACACUCUUAUGUGUCUUAUGUUGUGUUCUAGGUCCAUCUCUUGCAUACAAACUAAACUGCACUUACAGUAAGACCUCUGAAGGCCACAUGUACAGUGUAUCACCUUCAUCAAUUUGCAACGAAAAUGACCAAGCUGACUUUAAUUGGUCACAUAACAAGACAGUUUUGGCAACUCGCAAAACGAGGGUACCUGGAGUUGUGACGAGCAAUGUCACCACUGUGGUCAUAGACAGAUAUGUGCACAAGAUCGAGUAUGAAGUAAUUUGUGAGGAUUGGGAGCACUACCCGGCCAACUGCAGUGCAAUUGAAGAGGAGAUCAAAGGUGACCAGAGGCGCGAAGGUGAGGAUGUGCUACAAGUCACAGUCUCUGAGAUGAGAUCUUUGUUGGAAGCGACCAGUUUAGAAAGGGAAGCAGUGUUUGUGUCCUCCAUGCUACUGUGUCACAAGACUGUUUCUUUCAUCUCAAUUGUUUUUGUAGCUGACCCCACCACCGUCAAGAUGGCUGUCUCUGAAGUUGUGAUUCUGGUGGUGGGGCUGGUGCUGGCGGUGGCGGUGGCUGGCGGGCUGAUCUAUAAAUUCAGAAAUUGUGGUUGGGUGAAACUACGUGGUGUGAAAGAGACUGAGGGCACCUCGACUGUUGUCUACGUUAGCGAUGGACUAACACAAUGAGCUGAGACCUUCACCUCCACGUAAUUGGUGCUGACAGCCAGAGGUGCUGCCUUGAUCAUUUUCCUUCUUUCCUUGCUCUGCGACUUCCUGAAAUUGUCUGACAGCAGAGAUAAGUUUUUACGCUUCAAUCAAACAAAUCAAACAUCUAUAAUAGGACUUUAAUAAUAUGGAUCGACUUUUUGCUUUUUUUCCACGUAUAUAAUCUUGGCAAUGGGACUAAUAUUUCUACUAUUUCUACAAACUAUCAAUGAAUUAGUGAUCAUUCAGGUCAAUCCUGUAUAUAAAUCAGAUUGACUUAACUGUGACCACAGUUGCCUUCAGACAUAUUUAUGACAGGACAUUUAUGACUCACAUUUCCCUUUUUUAACCACAAAAGAAAAAGAUUUUAAGGUUAUUUUUUUAAUCUCAUUUGACGACGCAUCUUCGGUCAGGAGCUGGCUGUGGGAUGCAAACAAAGCACAAACGAUAGUUUUAAAAGUGUAAAAGUAAUAUACUGUACUGUUUACAUACUGUAGAAAGUUCCUGACGCUGUGGAAGCUCAUGGACUCUUUGCUGGGCCAGAGCGUGCACUCUGAGGACCAAAGCUUAGCAGCAAUAAUACUGUAACGCUCCCAGAACUAUUUAUAGAAUUAUUAUACUAUAUUAACUAUUUAGUAUUAUAUAUUUAAUGAUGUAUUUAAUAUUUAUAUAAGAAACAUGUUUAUAGUGUGGGACAAUGCACAUAAUAUAGUUAUAAUAUACCCCUAUACACACACACAUAUAUAUAUAUAGAUAUAUAUAUACAUGUGGUAAAGCAUUACCUCCUUGAUGGAGGAAUAAUACAUACAGUAUAAACACUAUAUGGAGUUGAUCUGCCUUCUGCGGCCAUAAAAGCUUGCACAACUCUUGGAAGAGCCUUCCUCAAAAUGUUUCCACAAAAGAUGCCUUAGAGAUUGUCCUUCAUUGGAGAUAAGGGGCGGAGCCCAGAUAUAUUAUAAAAGAAUAAUAUUAUAUAAUAAUAGGAAAGGGUUAGUGUUAAAGGAUGUAUGGUUGUUCUGGAUCAAACUGUGUUGUGAGCCUUUUAUGUCCACUUAUUUAAUGUCCCUGUCUUAAGCUAUUUAACUUGAUUAUUCCUUUUUUUCUGUUAACAAAAUCAUGUUUCACUGUCUUUUCUUACUUCUAAUCAAUAGAAAUGCACCAAAAAAAAAGGUCUCUUGUUUUUAUUGUUUCUGUGGGUGUGGUUUUGAUUGUCUGCUGAUUUUUUUGGGCCAAUCGAGAAGAGGCUGAUGGUGUCACUUGUGAGAAAGUGAAGUUUGUUUAAAGAUUCAGAUUGGAGGUCACUGUUUACUCACACAAUAUGAGAAAGUCAUAGGUUGUUAAUGAAAUAACUUCUUUAAGUUUAUAAAGUGACAAAACCGUCACUGUGGUGGAUAUGCAGGUGUUACAGUAUCAUGACGAUGAUACUGCAUGUGGUAUUUCGGUAAGAGAGCUGUGAGUUGGUAUCUGAGAGGAAACUCUCCGAUGGUUUUUUAGGUUUGUUGAGCCUGUCGUGUUUGUACAGUAACUCGUGAUUUGGCCCUUUCUUCAAGGUUCUGUAUAUUGCACAUUCUUAUAGCCUCUGUAUAAACUGUGUGUUUAAACAUAAAGAAACAAUACUGCGAUAUGUGUGGUAUGUGAGGCUAAAUAUGGUCUUUAGAUAAUAGAUCAGUAUCAGUAAGACAACUGUGGGUAUUAAUUAAAGUGUAUGUGUCAACUAAAGGGUGUGGCUCACCUGGCUGAGCGGGUCACUGCCGGUUCUGUUGUAAAUGUGUGUGAUCGACCCAGUAUUUGCUCACUGCUGUCGCUGAAAACUUCCCUGACUGGUUAGUUGACCCCUGCAGUUGUUCAUGAGUUCUGUUCACUGUGCAUAAAGAUGAGUUUGGGCUUGUGACUUGAAUAAACUUAAACUCAGCAGUUGUCAGACA